AUGGCCAUAAUAUUCUUUACAGCAUACGCCGCAAGUGUGAAUGUACCUGCUAUUUAUAAUUUCAGCUUAACCAGAGUUGCGGAAACUUUACGAAGAUCAAAAUUUAUUGAGUAUACUCACAUACCAAAGUGUGGAACAGUAUCACGAAAAAUUUGCGAUGAAGGACAGUUACCUUGUCUUCCUCUACCUCAACUUCGUAAGUGUGGUCAUUAUGGGGAACAUUGUGACUGGUUAGCAAAAUACAAGUGUGUAGGAAAGAAAGAGAAGAUUACUUUCUACACUCUUUUCAGGGAACCUGUAUCACGAGUCAGAUCGCACUACAACUACUUUUAUCCAGGUGCGUGCCGAAAUGGAAAACCGCUUGGACAACCCGCAGGUCAAUUCUGGACGAAGGGCAUGUGCGAAAAUGAAGACAAUUUCACCAAAUGGUUAUUGACACCUGAUAAUUGGGUUCACAACAGAAUGACUAGAAUGGUUCAUGGGAGAAUGAGUUCAGGAAAUCUUUGUAGAAUAACUCCCCGUCGAGAAAAAAUGUAUUGGGAGUCAGUAUUGAAAAGAUACAAAAGAAGGCAAGAAGUCUUUGGAGAAAUUCCUGAAGAAAUCAACAGUGCUCCGGAAAUUUUAAUGAAGGCGAAAUUUAAUCUGAUGAAGAACUUCGUACUUUGGGGAGAUACCUUUGAAAUCGAAAGGUUUUUCUGCAUUUUGAAGAACUUAGCAAAAAAUAAAGCAAAGAAAUUGAACCCAGCCAAAAUUACGAAACCUAGAAAGUCGCGUUCAAAAGUAGAGAGUCCAGAGGAGAAGUUACUGAAUGAUGAGAUAAUUUUUCAGAAAAAUGUCCUAGAUAAAGAAUUAUACGAUUGGGCCAUGAAUCCAUGGCAUGAUAUCAAAGUCAAAUACGCAAAUGUUUGUCCUUAG